AUGGGUUUAGGUGUGCUCGAGUCGAAGACUCUCGACCAUGUUCCUGGCACGACGCGAUACUACGAUGACCCUUCGCAGCCUCAGCCGGCCAACGGUGCCAAUCGCGGGCUCAAGGUCGACGACAGCGGUCCAGUACCCAUCAUCCUGAUCCCCCAGCCCUCUGACGACCCGAACGAUCCUCUGAAUUGGCCUUUGUGGAAACGCGAUCUCAUCACCUUCGUCCUCUCUGUCACCGCCAUCUUUGCGACCGCCCUCGGUCCCAUAUUGGCUGCCAACACUGUCACGCUCGCCCUUAUUUUUGGCACGACAUUCACUCGCAUCGCUAUCCUGACAGGGUACUUCCUCCUCGGCGUUGGUGCUGCUGCCGUUUUCUUCGUCCCGUCCGGUCGUAUCUGGGGCAAGCGUCAUCUGUUUAUCUUUGGGGCCGUCGUCCUGGUAGCCUCGUCUGCCUGGGGCGGCUCCGUCGGGACCAAUUACGAAUCCUUCAUCGGCGCCCGUGUUGUCCAGGGCAUCGCAUGCUCACCCUAUGAGACCCUUGUCAACGUUGCCGUUGGCGACCUGUACCCCGUCCACCAGCGCGGCCUUCGCAUGGCCUUCACGAACCUGGCGGUCUUCGGCGGUGCCUUCUUCACACCGAUUCUGGUCGGGCAAGAUCACCCACAGCAUCGGCUGGGAAUGGACAUUCUAUCUGACCGCAAUCUUCUGCGCCAUGUCGCUCGUGGCCACGAUAAGACUCAUCUCGAAAAGCUGUCGCCAGGUCUGGAUGCUGACCCCAGCAUCACCAGCGACGGUGGCGCGGAUGGAAAGCUGCCGGAUUCUGCGACAGUCUCUCCUGCGCGCGCUACAUCGCAAGAUGCAAGUUACCGCGGCGCGGACACGCCCAAGAAAACAUACAUUGAAUCCCUUGCACUCUUUGACGGCAGGAAAACGGACGAUUCGUACCUCGACCUGCUUUUACGACCUUUCGCUCUGUUCGCCCACCCGGCCUUCAUCUGGGGAUGCCUCAUUCAAGGCACCAUGAUCGGCUGGACAGUCUUCAUCGGCGUCAUCGUCGCCGCCGUCUUCCUCGGACCUCCUUUCUUCUGGAACGAGGUCAGCGCAGGUUACGCCUACCUCGGUCCCUUCAUCGGGGCCCUGGCAGGUUUUGCUAUUGCUGGUGCUCUUUCCGACUGGAGCGCCAAGUACAUGACGCGUUUGAACAAGGGCGUCUACGAACCUGAGUUCCGCAUCGUUCUCGUACUUCCCAUGUUCAUCAUCGGCGGCAUUGGGCUGUACGGAUUCGCCCUGACGGCUGGCGAGAUCCUGGGUGGCAAGUAUCACUACUCCGUCCCGCUCAUUUUCUUCGGCUUCGAGGUCGCCGGCAUGGUCAUCGGGGCUGUGGCGAGUUCCCUGUACAUUGUCGACGCGUAUCGCGAUCUCGCUAUUGAGGGCUUUACCUCCAUGAUUAUUUUCAAGAAUUUCUUCAGCUUUGCCCUCACGUGGACUGCGUACGACUGGAUUAUCCAAGGCGGCGUCCGCAAAACGAUGCUGUCCAUCGCCAGCGUCCAGGUCGUCAUCUGUGCCAUGAGCAUACCAAUGUGUAAGCCAACUUUGUUCCCAGGUGUCCUAUCCAGAGGGUUUGGUACUAAUAGCGAGCAGAUAUCUAUGGCAAGCGAGUGA